AAGGGAAGAGCGCUCCGUCUCCAAAUGCCAAGUAUGUACCGUGACACGGUUGAAGACAGGGAGGGGGAGGACGAGGGCUGAGCAGUGAGCAAUAGUUGUGUGGAUGUGGGAUACAGAGUGGGUUCUGCAGCAGAACCAGCUCACAUACAAACUGAGAAAGUGCGGGACACAUGGAAGAGGAUAAGCGAUUAAUUCUAAAUCAUCCGUGAGGAAUUGAUUUUCGAUUUCAGAGGCCAUGUGAAUAUAUCUCAUUUGGGACAACGGAGAGGCUUUGUUCACCUGACUAAUUCAAGCUUGGACAAUUACAAAGUCACUGUGGAGAACUUGACGCCAGCAAUGGUUGUAAUGCUGUCCUCGCUGACCAGAGGAACAGGUGCAGUCAAACUCGGGGAGAUGAAUGUGUUUCUUCCCUACCUCACAAGGAUAGACUGGUUGUACCCAUAACAGAAGACCAGCUGAAGGGACGUGCACGGAAAACAUGCAGCAGUUCGGCUAAAAGGCUGAAAGUUCUGAAAGUGAAAAAAAAAAGUGUGAAAUCGACAUUGAUACCUGCACACAAGGGAGAUAGCAGUCUGCGUUGGACGGAGCCCGUCUUGUGUGAGUCGGCCUGAUCCUGUGAAGCCACGCGGCCGUCCUCGCUGAGGCAUGAACGUGGGAAGAAGCCAGCAGCACAGCUUCCUGUCCUGUGAAGAAGAAGGCCUGAGACUGACAAGCAUGCCUGCCGUGGGCACGUUCGGCAAUGGAAAGAUCCAGACCAGACGUCAAAGACACAGCCGCUUCGUCAGCAAGACGGGCCAGUGCAACAUCCACUUCUCCAACAUGGACGACAAGUCCCAGCGCUACAUAUCGGACAUUUUCACCACUUGUGUGGACAUACGCUGGCGCUACAUGUUCCUGCUCUUUAGUCUGGUGUUUGUGGUGUCCUGGCUGAUGUUCGGCCUGGCCUUCUGGGUCAUCGGCCUCUUGCAUGGCGACAUGGACCAUCUCACUGGGGACGACAGCUUUGUACCAUGCGUGACGCAGGUGAACACCUUCGUGGCUGCUUUCCUGUUCUCCAUCGAGACCCAGACCACCAUCGGGUACGGCGCUCGAUGCGUGACGGAGGAGUGUCCCGCUGCUGUCUUCAUGGUGGUGUUCCAGUCCAUCGUGGGCUGCGUCAUCGACGCCUUCAUGAUCGGCGCCAUCAUGGCAAAGAUGGCGAGGCCUAAAAAACGAGCGCAGACUCUGUUGUUCAGCCACAACGCCGUCAUCGCCAUGCGUGACGGCAAGUUGUGUCUCAUGUUUAGGGUAGCUAAUCUAAGAAAAAGCCAUAUCGUGGAGGCCCAUGUCAGGGCUCAGAUGGUCAAGCCUCGUUACACGGAAGAGGGCGAGUACAUCCCUCUGGAUCAGAUCGACAUGAACGUGGGUUACGACCGAGGCACCGACCGCCUCUUCCUGGUGGCGCCUCUCACCGUCAUCCACGAGAUCGAUGAAGAAAGCCCUCUGUUUGGCAUCAGCAAGCAAGACCUGGAGACAUCCGACUUUGAGAUCGUGAUCAUACUGGAAGGCCUGGUGGAAGCCACCGCCAUGACGACGCAGGCGCGCAGCUCCUAUCUGUCGUCAGAGAUCCUUUGGGGCCAGCGCUUUGAGCCGCUCAUCUUUGAGGAGAAGAGCCAGUACAGGAUAGAUUACGCCUAUUUUCACAAGACCUUCGAGGUGCCAUCCACACCGAGGUGCAGUGCAAGAGACAUGGAGGAGAGGAAGUUCCCGACGUCAGGCGCCAACUCCUUCUGCUAUGAGAACGAGCUGGCCUUCAUCAGCAGGGAUGAAGAGGAUGAGGAGGAGGCGGACUUUGACAAAGCCGAGGAGAGACAGUGUUCAUCUGAGCUGCUGAACGAGCACGCCACCAGUGCACGGGAUCAAAAAUCCAGUAAAGAAUCAGAAAUUUAAAACGUGCUGAACCUCAGUGAUGGAGAAUCAACGUAAAAAAAACCUCAUAGGAUCCUUGUAAUUUUGUGCAUGACUGCAUAGUUGAUUCUUUUUUUUUCUUGUUUCGUCACCUUUGUCAACCAUGCGGCUUAUUUCAGAUCCUUUUCAGUCUAGCCACAACAUUAGGCACACCAAAUACACAUACUGACCAUACUACAAGCAGCUCUCCGUAUAAUACGGUGCCAUUCUGUGAAAUAAAUACCUCUCCGACAGAAAAAAUGAGGAUUACAGUAAUCCCUCGCCGCUUCCACCUUCAAAUUUUGCGGCUUCACUCUGUCACAGUUUUGCAAAACUAUAUAAAUUCAUAAAUCAUGCUGUUUCAUGAUUGAAAAUGGCCUAUUAGUAAAAAAGUAUGCAUAUUUGAGCAAACUUGAUGUAAAGUAAGCAUUUUCAAGCAUAAACUAGCUAAAUGAAGUGAAAUACAAAUAUAAGGCAUAUACUGUACUGUUGUAUUCUACAUUGGUCAUUCGGUGUCAGCCAUGUUACUGUAAUGUUCGGUGAGACACACAAGCACCAGACUUGAUCACAGGAACUCGCAGGAGGAUUGUAUUGCCUGUUUGAAUCAUCUCUAACAUGGGCGACUGCUGCGGCCGUAACCCACGCCAAGGCAAAACUCAACUCUGAACCCCCGACGUCACUUCACACAUUUACAGCAAUAUAUUCAUGUCUUAAAUGGCUUAUUUUCUCAUAUUAAGUCUCCUAUAUUGGGUAAUCCAAACGUAAAGGUGACUAUAGGGGUGUUAUUUCAUAUCUAGAGGGCUCUAAUAAUGUUAAAAACGUAUUUAGGCUGUAAAACGGUUGUAAAAUCCUACCAAUUAACUGCGAUAAAUGAGGGAUUACUGUAAAUUGGAUUGUGCAGGUGUACCUAAUGCUGUGGCCAGUUUGUAUAAUAUCAACACGGGGUUGAUGCAUCUGUGGCCGACGCAUGACAAGGUAGAGUUAUACGUAUGUUAAUAAUACCUGGAGGAGCACUGUUUACCUGUCAUUUAAGCAUAUGGACUGAGAAUUGCUUCAUCAUUACAGUCAAUACAUUUUAGCAGGCAGGAAAGAAAAGUCUGCUUACCGUCCUGUGGCAAAUGUCUCGUGUUCAUAAUUGAAAAAUCUGUUGCUAAAUGACAGAAACAUGGUAGCAGUAUGUUUUGCACAUUCGGUCCUUGGAGGUCUCCGUAAACCGGACAAAAAACAAAAAACAAAAACAAAAAAAGACUUUGGCUGCAUGUGAUGGGUCUUAACUGCACACGGCGCACCCAGCUUGUCUGGCUGGAGCCCUCGUGUAGCAACAAGACGGAAACCUCCAAUAUGCUGCAAGCAGAGCCCAAAAAGGACACUGUAAGAGCAAUGACAACGACCAAUUUGUAAGUGGAAACAGACAAGAAACAUCUCUUUCGGAGUUGCAAUUGACCUUUCCAUGGAAUAUGUUGGCUCCGAAAACAUGUCAUUUAUAGCACUGCUAGGAUUUAUCUCAAGAAGUGUUGAUUUUUUCUUUUUAAUAUAUAUUCGCAUUUGGAAGGAAAGAAUAUCAGACAAUGAUGCAGGGAUGUUGUUCAUGCACCCUGUUGCAAAACAAUGAACACACUGCUAAGAUAGGCAUGUCUUAUGUUGGACGUAAUAAGAAUUAUGUGGAAUUAAUGUUGGGUAAUUGUGUCUUGAAUUGAAAGUCAAAAUCAGGGUGCACUACUCGGCUGCAACCAGCAGGGGCACCGCCGGGGAUUCUGGGCCUCAUGAAAAAAAUCUCACUGGGUCCCCUUGGCACCUGUGGUCACUACAUCUCUAGGACUAAACUGGCCCUCAAAGGGAUAGUGGAAGUUGUGCGACGUCCCCAUCAGCAGUGCAGUGCAUCAACGAUGACGUGGCCCCCCCCCCACUUCGUCCCGUGAGCAGACUUCUGGUCGGGAUUUCCGUGAUGAGGAACGUUGUUCCGGUUAGUUGGCGGGGCCAUGUAAGUAGAGAGUUUGGCUUCUCAAAACAAUAUGCGUUCAAAAGAGUACCGCAUUUGAGUCACAAAAAUGCCUCCUUGAAAAAAUAAAUUAAAAAAAUCAGACCUCAAAUCGCUCGGCACUAUGUCCUCUCCGCUGGUAUCGCUGGCGCUACCGCUUAUCCAUUGUUGUGUUCCACAGUGUUUCCAUGGACACUCAUUAACAGGUUUCCUAUGCUCCAACUGCAAAAAUAUUCUAUUAAUUGACAUGGAAUUAUAUAUCGUCGAAAUUCAUUUAUCACGGUUGGGUCUGCAACCAAUUAACUGCUAUAAACGAGGGACGACUGUAAUUGGAUUUCUUAUGGGAAAAAUGUAUUAGGUUAGAGCAGGGGGUCAUUUGUGGCCCACAGAUUGUUUUAUACUGGCCCACAGUGUAGAAAUAAAAUUAAACAAACAAAAAAAGCAACAAAAAAACAAAGAGGUGUAAAAAUAGGUACAAAUAACACACAUUGUCACCUAUAACACAAAGUUUAGUCUUUAAACACAAAUAAAACAUUUUUUUUAGCCUUUUUACAAAAUAAAAAGUAUAAAAAUGGCCCCCACGCUCUUGAAUUUUUGGUGGAAAAUAUUUGGACACCCCUGGGUUAGAGCGUGUUUCGGUUGGAGUCGGACAUCCUGGGAUGAAUUUUUGACGAUAACCACCCCGGAGCUCCGCCACCGAUGCUCCAAUCAGGGCUUUAUGCUGUCGAUUGAGAUACGGGUCAUCCAUGAGUGAGAUCGGCCGAUACCGAUACGGAUCACAUGGAUUAACCGUACAUUUUUCAAUUUAUUUAUGAUGCGCGCUAUUGACCAGGAUGGCCAAUAGACAAUUCCAAGGGCCCCUGGCGAAGAGGUAAUGUUCAUUACACAACAACACACAAAUCGUGUUUGGAAGACAAGACAUACAGUAUAAUGACAACAAUUGAAAAAGUUAGCAUGUUUUAUGCGGAAAUUGGCCGAUUACUAAUCGGUGGCCGAUCCAUCGGAGCAUCCCUAGAAAAUUCCUAUUUGUGACCAUAGGGAACGUAUAAAGAAAUAGCCAAAAUACAGGGUCUUCCCCCCCCCCCACUCCUUUCUUCCAUGUGGGCGUUUGUUGUUGUUGUUUGUCGCGUACGUCUGCCGAUGCCCUUUCAGCACAACUCUGCAUUUUGUAUCUUGCUGACUCGUGUUGGAAACAUCACAGGUUUUCUCUGGAGAAUGAAUGGCUUUGCCGUUUUCACCAAAAGCAGAAUCCAGGACAAGAAGGAGACGAUGUGAACAUUAGUCAGGCCUGUACUGUAAAUAAACAUGCUUCCUUUUCCUUUUUCUUUUUUUUUGUGCUUGUCGUUUCAUUUGAGCCACUUGAUUCUCCAUUCGAAUAUAUGCUAUAAUAUGCAAUAAUUGCACACGUCUCAUGAGGACAACACGCCGGGAAAUAGGCAGACAGAGAGCAACGGAGCCAUUUUUUUUUUGGGUGGCAGUAUCUGAUUGGGGUCAAAGGUUUCUUCUUCCACUCUUAUGCAACCGGUCACAAGCGUCUUUGCUAUGGAUAUGCUACACUGACCUGUGACCUUUAUUGCAACACUUGACAUAAGCGCAACUACUGUAAUAUCACAAGCCAUGUAACCUGAGAGUGAUGCAGUAUAUUGUUAAAUCCCAUAUAUUGAUAUUUUAGUGCUUCCCUUAGGAA